AGGCAUGCUUUUCUCCAAAUAAGUUUGAGUACAUUCUGUCUUUAAAGUGCCUGCCAUUCCCAAGAAAGCUGUCCCUGAAGAAAAAAUAGCUGUAGUUGCCCUUGAAGAAGAAGAACUUCCCACAGUGAAAGGUAGAUUAUUUUUUUAAGGCAAGAAUAAAAAGCACAGAUGCACCUUACAAUAAUUUAACUUAUAGAAAUAAUUAUAAGCUUAGUUGAAUAUUCAGUGCAGCUGAAUUGGAGCUAUGGUUCUUAGGUGCCAUAGCACCAGCAUGUCAUAAGUUCUGUGGAACUCUAGAAAUCUGGAGGUAAAAUUUCAGAUGACUUACCUGGUUUAGGUGAUUAUGUGGGGUUUUUUUGGUAACACUGGAAAAUAUUCUAAAUUAUUUGAUGACAUAUCCAUUGUAUAAGUGGAAAAGGCAUAUCAGUUGUAAGAAGCUGGUUGGAUAGAUUUCUUUUUCAAAUUCUUAAAAAAAAAAAACUCAUUCCUUAUUUUCUGGGCAAGAAGCCCUCAAAAUAUUUUGCCUCUGAAACAUACUAAGAUAAUUGGCUGUAGAUGACUUUUAAAAAUUAUUCUGCCUCUGAGGUGAUGUUGUUUGAUAGCGAAUGUUUGAAUAGCUGAAAGGUCUCAGAGAAAACUAAUAUCUUUAAAGCUGCUGCAGUUCACGAGGAAAUUGUCUUUGAAGAAAAGGUUACUUAUGUUAUUCCCAGAGAAAAGGAAGCUUCUCCAGUUGAAGGUACAUCAGCAUUUUAUUUAUUUAUUUUAAAUAAGAACAUUUAGACAGCUAAUCAGUCAUCAUCAUAAUUUAAUUUGCACUGCAUAUAGGUAAAGCAACACCAGGGUGCCUGAUUCAUAGAUGUUAGGCUUUCACUAACCCUAUCAGUCUUUAUAUAUUUAGUCCUAGUGUCUCCUUUUAAAAUAUGUUUCCAUGUUUUGGCUUAAGAGUAAAAUGUAGUGCAGUCAGUCAGCAGCCCGUGAGAGCCAAAGUUAGACUCCUAGGUCCAAUGCAGAAGAUUGUUACAAAGCAUCCCAUCAAGCUUUUUAUCUGGAGCUUUCCCUGGCUAGAGAGAGACAUAAAGGAAUGGUGCAUUGGAAGGAAAGCUGGUUGUCUCCAUGUCAGGAAGAAGAUAAUAAUUCAGCUGUAGAGACAAAAUAAUUGCUUGUGCUACCAACCCCCUCCCCCAUCCCCUUUUUAAAGGCAAGGGAAAUAAUACAGACAAAGAAGUGCAACCUCUAAAUGAACUGAGCUUCUUUCAUGUUUCCUUAGUUCGAGUAUUAUUACAACAGCUUCAUUUUGUGCCCUUUCUCUGUUCAUCUGCACUGUAUGUUGUCUUCUUAACCUGACUUUUGCAACCUUUUGAAACUUCUCAAAUAUACUAAUAUCUUUAAAGUGCUUGAAUUGGAAGAGGAAGUCUUUCCAGAAGAAAAGGUCCCUGUUAGCAUUCCCAAAAAGCCGAAAACUCCACCUGCUAAAGGUACUUUACUUCUUUCACAAAUUUCCAAACCAAUCAACUUCUCUUAAAUUGGUUUCCCAUUCUUUAGACUUCCUCUUGGGCUGUCCCCUUUAUUUUUUGUCUGAUAUAUUUCAUGUUUGCCUAUACACUAAAAAACAAUCAAACCAAUAUACUAAUAUCUUUAAAGUGCCUCCAGUGACAAAGAAAGCUGUGCCAGAAAAGAAGAAACCUCCUCUUGCACCUAAAGAUGAAACUCCGCUCAUUAAAGGUAAUAAACUGCUUACUGCAACCAGAAGAAAUCAGAUUCUUCAUUUUUAUCUUCAUUGUUUACAUUUCAUCUCAUCUCUUUUUGAAUUCAGUGUUUUGUGUUAGUCUAGUUAAUUGCCAAAUUGAUUGUGAAUAAUUUAAGCAAUUUAGAAAAAUGAUCAGAUUAGAUAAUAUUCUAAUCUCUAUCAACAAUCUGAUAUCUUUCAGUUGGAUGUGUGUAUGAUUGUCCAAGAUACCAUCUAUAGCUAAGCUUAUCUUUCGAUAGAAUGCAGAAGCCUGAAUGGAGAAACACUAGAAUUCUCCCAAUGCCAUUUUAAGGGAAAAAGCAGAAAUAGCACAAUCCCAAUCUUGUUAUCUUAAACGAGUCCCACUCUGUUUAGUGCAGUUUACUGCCUAGUAAGUAUGUUUAAGGAGUUUUAGAAUACUAUAUUUUAUCCAGCAUUACAUGUCAUCCAAAGUUGGAGUACGUACAGAAGAAAUGAUCAGCUGUUUUGUCAAUGUAACAUUAGUGUGGAAGAAACCAUGUGUCAAAAUUAAACAUGUGUCAUGGGAUGUUUGAAAUAUGUGUGUUGAUGUCAUUUGUUUUCUUUGUAUUUUACACUAACUUUUAUUUAAAACGCCCAUGUUUCUAAAAAAAAUUACUAAUAUCUUUAAAGCACCUGAAAUUCAAGAGAAGGCCAUCCCACAAGAAAUAAUUCCUAGUACAUGGAUUUCUAAAGAACUGGAACCUCCAGCAGCUAAAGGUACAUCAACUUUUCAGGGAAAGUAAUAAUAAGUGAACACAUUUCAAGAAAGAUACCAUCAAACGCAGUUCUGAAUUUUGUGUACUAAUGUCAUAAAUUGUUUAUUUUGUCUUUCUGUUUCUGUGUAUAUACUUUCUUACAACCAACUAAUAUCUUUAAAGUGCCUGUGAUACAAAGAAAGUCUUUUCUAAGGAACAAGUAUCAGUUCCAUUAUUUAGGAAAAAGCUACACCCACUGAAAGCACAUGUACCUGUAAUUAGAAGGUCAGAAAAUUCUUCUGUCCUGUCAGUCCUCAGAAUUCAAAUCCAAGGUGUGAGGUAUGUCAAAGGUAGUUAUGGUAAAAUGAUCCUUUUUUGUCCCAUUUAAUUAUGAAUAGGAUAGACAUUUAGGCAUAUUAAAAUAGCACAAAAAAACCCCCACCCUGCAAAUCACAUUUAUGUGUGUCUGUCCAAGAUAUGGCUUAGUAAAAAUCUUUCUCAAUUAAAAAGGGUGGGGGCGGGGGAGAAAAAAAACCUAUUGUGAAAAAGAUAAAAUGAGAACCACUUAAUGAAAGAGCUGAUUGGCAGCAGUCAGAAAAAACAUCAAAUCUUAAUUGAAGGAUGGGUUGACUACAACUCAGAAACCUAUUAUUAUUAUUAUUAUUAUUAUUAUUAUUAUUAUUAUUAUAACAUUUCUAUGCCGCCCCUUGCCGAAACCUCGGGGCGGCUUACAACAUGCUAAAGAACUUUUAACUGGAUCAACUCCAUUUGAAUUCACAGUGUAAUCCUAUGCCUGUUUACUCAGAAAUGAGUCCCACUGUGUUCAGUGAGACUUACUUCCAGGUAAAUGCAUAGAUGGUUACAACUUUAAAGGCAUGUCUAGUUGGUGGGUUCAUAGGUUAACUUUAGCUUAUGAAAGGAUGUUAUUACCUAGUACCACCAACUCUUGUUAUUAUGGCCUUGUCUUCUUUCCAACCAUAAAACAGAUUAGUUAUCCAUUGGGACAGAAAUCAAAUGUGAUGGGGAAAGACAUAUUUGUUUCCACCUGAAUAUGCCCAGUCAUAUUAAUUUAGGGCUUGAGGAUUUUGUUUAAAAAGUAGGCAUAUGGGUGAUAGAAACAGAUCCAUUUCCAGUCCUUUGGUUUACUUCCUUGACACUCCUCAGCCAUGGCUCUUUUCUCCCAAUAUCAGGGCCAAGAUGGGACUAAAAGGAAUUUAGGCAUAAAUGAGCCAUGGGAUCUCAGUGUCUCUAAGUCACAUUAUUUAUUUAUUUAUUUAUUUAUUUAUUUAUUUAUUUAUUUAUUUAAAGUUUUUAUAUGCCGUCCCCAUUGCUACACAGCCUUGGGACGGCUCACAACAAUGGCCCCAUUACUCUGGCCCCCUUACUCUGGACAACAGGCAUUCUGCCUUCCAUUCUAUAGUUAUUGGCGCACAUCUGAGUCUAAACAAAUAGGUCUAUUGAAACUAGGACCACUUUCAGCUAGAACAUCUGUGCAGAGGAGGAAAGAGCCGUGAAUUCUUGAACCGUGCAACUGGCGUGCUUUUGAGGUCUGAUAUAAAGAAGUGUGGUUUUUAAUGACUUGUUCACAGUCUUUGGUUAUGUCUGUUUUGUCCUAUAAUUUUCCAAGUAUGAGUGUGCAUGUCUCAAAAAAAACCCUAAUAUCUUCUAGUGGCAAAGGAUUGUAUAAAAGAGUAUGUUUCUUAAUAAAUAAGACUGGACUUUGUUCAGUUUUGGAUUUUUUUUUCAUCCUUUGCUUUUCUGAGUAUAAUUUUGUAUGUCUCAAAAAACCCACUAAUAUCUUUAAGUGGCAGAAACAUAUGAGGAAAUUCUUCUAGAAGAAAUAGAAGAAAGAGUUCCAGAGGUCAUUCCCAGGAAGCAAGAAGUUCCAUCAGUCAAAGGUAUAUUAGCUCUUCAAGGAACCCAUAAGGGAGCAAAGUCACAAAAGUGUAUUUUCCAUUAUUUCAUUCUUGUUCAGUGUGAUGCUACUAUUUGCAUUUUGUGGUUUAUAAAUUCUUACAAGGAAUUAAUUUUAUUUAAAGUGCCAGAGGUACCCAGAAAAGGAGUAGCGGAAGAGCAGAAGCGUGUUACUAAACCACUCAAACCAGAAUCUGUUGCUAUACCUGAACCAGCAGAGCCUCAAGUGCCAAAAAAGAAAAUAGCUGUUGCCAAACCCAAAAAAACAAAACCCACAGUUCUGCUUGAAACAGCAGAACCUCAAGUGCCAGAAAAGAAGGUACAACUUGCUAAACCUAAAAAACCAGAACCUGUUGUGGCCCCAGAACCUGUACAGCCUAAAGUACCAGAAGACAAAAUAGCCAAAAAACCAGAAUCAUUUGUGGUGCUUGAGACCGCAGAACCAGAAGUACCAGAAAAGAAGGUAACCAUCAUGAAACCUAAAAAACCAGAGCCUGCUAUGGUGCCCAAAACUGUAGAGCUUCAAGUGUCAGAACAGAAGAUAGCUGUCACCAAACCCAGAAAACCAGAACCAAUUGUGGUGCCUCAGAAGGUAGAGUCUGAAGAAGAAGAGGAAACCAAAACCAAAAAAACAGAACGAACUAUGGUGACUGAAAUAAUAGAAUCUGAAAUGGAAGAAGAGAUGAUAUCCAUUUCUGAAAAAACAGAACAUAUUGUGAUGCUUGGAGCCAUAGAGACUCAGGUGCCCAGAAAAAAGACAGCCAUUUCAAAACCUAAAAAGCCAGAGCAUAUUAUGGCGCCCAAAAUAGAGCCUGAAGUGCCAAAACAGAAGAUAGCUCCUACCAAACCAAGAAAACUAGAGCCAGUUGUGAUACCACAAGAAAUAGAGGCUGAAGUCAAAGAAGAAAGGGUAGCUAUUGCUGAAGAAACAGAACAUGUUGUGAUGCUUGAGACAGCAAAGCCUCAAGUAUCAAAAAAGAAGGUAGAUAGUACAAGACUUCAAAAAACAGAGCCUAUUGUGGUGUCCACAAUAGUGGAGCCUCAUGUGCCAAAACAAAAGAUACCUGUCACCGAACCCAGAAAAACAGAGCCAAUUGUGGUGCCACAGACAGUAGAACUUGAAGUGGAAGAAGACAGGAUAGCAUUUGCUGAAGAAACAGAGUAUGCUGUGAUGCUUGAAACCAUAGAGGCUGAACUGCCAGAAAAGAAAUUAGACAUUUCAAAACCUAAAAAACCAGAACAUAUUAGGGUGCCCAAGAAAGGAGAGCCUCAAGUGCCCAGAGAAAAGAAAGUUGUCCUCAAACCCAAGCAACCAGAACCAAUUAUGGUGCCACAAACAGCAGAACCUGAAAUGGAAGAAGAAAAGAUAACAAUUGUCAAACGCAGGAAACCAGAAGCCGUUGUGGUGUCUGAAACAGUAGAAGAAGUGAAAGUAGAAGAGAAGAUAGUUGUUACCAAACACAGGAAACCAGAGCCAGUUGUGGUGCUCAAAACAGCUGAGGCUCAAAUGCUUGAAGAGAAAGUGGUUGUUGCUAAACCUAAGAAGCCAGAACCGUAUGUCGUACCUGAGACUGUAGAACCUCAACCAUUAAAAGGUAGAUGCCAUCUUCGGGGGAAUAAUACAUUCUGUCUUAAUAAAUGUCGAUCUUGUUCAUGUGGAACAAAAGUCUUCUUUGUCAAAGAUCUGUUUUCAUAUUUGUACAAACUCUUCUUCUUGUCAAAAUGUCAAAAUCAUGUCAAGCUGUCAUGUCAAGUCUUGUUCCCCGUAACUUUUUGUUGUCUAGCUCUUAUUUGCCUUUGUUAUAACUUCUUCAGUUUGUGCAAUUAACACAAUGUAAUAUCUUUCAAAUAGGUGAUAUACCCAACAAAUAUGUCCUAGAAAAGUAAAUAUCUACUAUGAAUGAUCUGGACCUGGAAACUGUUAUCCCAUUGUCUUUAGUCACUCAAAAGUUUUUUAAAGAUUUCUUUUCUGUGGGACAUCUAGUAUUCUGUACUAAUCUACAUUGUAGGACUCAAUCACACAUCGAGUAUGGAUACAAAUGGCCUUAUGCAGCAUAAUAGGAACUUUUUGUUUUCUACUUUUUGUUUUCAUCUGUAUGGUUAUACUGCCAAUG